AUGAAGGGAACGAUUAUGAUCUCUCUCGUCGUUGUGGCCCUUCUCAUCAGGUUAUCCAGUGCGGUGGAUCACACUGUCGGAGGUCCCAAUGGCGGGUGGGACACAAGCUCUGAUCUCAAGUCAUGGGCCUCGUCGAACACAUUCGCGGUGGGAGAUAGCCUUGUCUUCCAGUACUUGGCGAACCACGACGUAACCGAAGUUCCAAAGGUAGACUACGACUCAUGCCAGGCAGCUAACCCAAUCGGAACCUACACAGGCGGCUCAACUGUCAUCUCUUUGACUUCCCCAGGUAAGAGAUAUUUCAUCUGCGCUCAAUCUGGGCACUGCGACCAGGGGAUGAAGCUCGAAACAGACACUACCACAGCCUCAUCAUCACCGCCUCCGGAAUCUCCAGCGAUCCCACCCCCGCCAGAAUCUCCUGUGACCCCUCCGCCGCAGUCCAAAGCACCAGCACCCCGGCCUCAGGUUUCCUCUUCCCCAAAGUCAUCUCCUGCUCCAAAUGCUUCACCUUCUCUAGCUCCAGCAUUAGCUCCUCCAAAGUCAUCUCCUGCUCCAAAUGCUUCACCUUCUCUAACUCCAGCAUCAGCUCCUGUGCCGAACGCUUCUCCUUCUCUGACUCCAGCAUCCGCUCCUCCUCCCACGGCCACGGUGGCUCAGUCGCCUACAUCUUCAGCAAACAAGGGCACUUUCGGUUUUAUUACCGGGCUCGCGUGGUGUACUGGUGUCAUGAUAUUCUUAGCCCUCUGA